UAUAUAUCCUUUUUUCAGAAUAAUUAGGACAAUAUGACUGAGGAUGUGGUUAAAGUAAAGAAACGUAAACAUACAAAAGAUGAAACUCAAGAGGAAGAGGAAGCUCAAAAGGAAGUAAAGGAAAAAACAAAGAAAAAAAAGAAGUCAAAAAACAAGAUGCAAAAGACCGAAGAAAAUGAAAUUUCACCCGAAAAAUCCAUUGAACCGACCCCUGCAGCCAAGCCUGAAGAAGAAAAAAAUAAAGAAGAUAAGCCCAAGGAAGAAAAUACCGAAAUUAUAAAGGAAACAAACAAAGAAAAUUCAGAGACUGAUGGAAAAAAGAAGAAGAAGCGAAAGAAGAAGAAACAGCUGCCUCCACUUCCUAAUCCAGAUCCAGGAGCUUUUGAAGCCAUGUUAACAAGUAAUGAAAAUAAAGAAGAGGAGGAGGUGGUAAACAAAGAAAGUGAUCCUGAGAAAGAAGAAACUGCGCAAAACGAAGAGGAACCAGAAACGAAAAUUCGCAAAACUCCCAAGAAGAUGAAGAACAAAAAGAAAGAACCUGCAAAGUUUGAAGAGAAGAAAGAAGAAGAGGAAGAAACUGAUGUAAACGUCGCAAAAUCUCAAGCUCUUGAAUAUUUGGACCUCUGGCAUAAAGACAAAGAAAAUUGGUCAUUUAAAAAAGUUCGACAGACUUGGCUGCUGCAACAUAUUUACGAUGAUGAGGCAAUAGGUAAAAAACAAUUCAAAAUCUUGUUAGAGUACCUGCAGAAUGCAAAGGGUGCAGCAAAAUCGAAGACUGUUAAAGAAGCGGAAAAAUAUUUUAAUGAUAACGAAAACAGCCAAGAUGCGGCUGAUGUAAAACUAAAACGAGCAAAAAAAAUUAUUCAAAAUAUAACGGAAUAAUCAACUUAGUAGUUGUACUUUCGAUAAACCUAUAUUUAUAUAGCGCAAAGUUUCAUCUUGAAAAAGGAUCUCCCAGUCAGCCAGCAAUAGCAAUGAUACAGAGUAUGAAUUUAUGUUACUCAUUUACCUUGUCCUUAUUUUUGGAGGGUUUUGCAUCUAUAAAUGUCAUUUUUAAUAUUUCUCUUCUGACUGACGCCUCUACAACCUCAGCCACAUCUGUUCUAAAAAUAUUCUUCUUUUUCACGAAUUCUCUCCAAAGUUCAAUACCUCCCCCCACACCAAAGUAAAAGGACUUCGCUGCCAAAAUCACACACCCAUUCUGAUGCAAACAUGUCUCCAACAACCCGUGUAGGUUCUCGUAGUUUGCUACGUCAUAUAUUGUCUCAGCUGUAAGAAUAGUUUCGAAUUUUAUGUCUACAUUUUGUGCCACUUCUCCCCAAUCUCCACUGAUAAAAGAAUAUUGACACUCAGUUUUGAUAUCUGUUUCCAGGAAUUUUUCAAAAGAAU